AUGCGGUCUCUUCCGCUGCAGCGGGUCGUCCGGCCCGCUGACCGACGUGGGGGCGGUCCGACCACGCUGCGCUUGGCCAAGGCCAGCGCCAACGGAGGAAUCUUUGAGUAUGCAGAUGGCCCCAAUGCCCAGGUUAUGAGUGCCGAAGAGCAAGCCUUCAGAUUUUCUGCCAAUAUUAUUAAUAGAAAUAGAACUUUGUUGCCUAACACAACGUUAACCUAUGACAUUCAGAGGAUACACUUCCACGACAGCUUUGAAGCAACUAAGAAAGCCUGCGACCAGCUCGCUCUCGGGGUUGUAGCAAUAUUUGGACCUUCGCAAGGCUCCUGUACCAACGCCGUUCAGUCUAUUUGCAAUGCACUGGAAGUCCCCCACAUACAACUUCGAUGGAAGCAUCACCCUUUGGAUAACAAGGACACUUUCUACGUCAACCUGUACCCUGACUAUGCUUCUCUGAGCCAUGCCAUUCUGGACCUGGUGCAGUACUUGAAAUGGAGGUCAGCCACCGUGGUUUACGACGACAGCACAGGCCUUAUACGGCUGCAAGAGCUCAUCAUGGCCCCGUCACGGUACAACAUCCGGCUGAAAAUCCGCCAGCUCCCGCUGGACACCGACGAUGCCAGGCCUCUGCUCAAGGAGAUGAAGCGGGGCAGGGAAUUUCGCAUCAUCUUCGACUGCAGCCACCUGAUGGCGGCUCAGAUCCUCAAGCAGGCCAUGGCAAUGGGAAUGAUGACAGAAUACUACCACUUCAUCUUCACCACUCUGGAUCUUUAUGCAUUAGACCUAGAACCAUACCGCUACUCUGGAGUGAACCUGACCGGCUUCCGGAUCCUCAACGUGGAGAACCCGCACGUGGCCUCCAUCAUCGAGAAGUGGUCCAUGGAGCGGCUGCAGUCAGCGCCCAAGGUGGAGCUGGGCCUGCUGGACAGCGUCAUGAUGACAGAUGCUGCCCUGUUGUACGACGCAGUUCACAUUGUCUCAGUGUGCUACCAGCGAGCCCCUCAGAUGACUGUUAACUCCCUGCAGUGCCAUCGGCACAAAGCCUGGAGGUUCGGUGGCCGCUUCAUGAAUUUCAUAAAAGAGGCCCAGUGGGAAGGAUUAACUGGACGGAUUGUCUUUAACAAAACUAGUGGCUUACGGACAGAUUUUGAUUUGGAUAUCAUCAGCCUCAAAGAAGAUGGUCUCGAAAAGGUCGGAGUGUGGAGCCCUUCCGAUGGCUUGAACAUCACAGAAAUUUCCAAGGGACGAGGGCCUAACAUCACAGACUCACUGAGCAACAGAUCUCUAAUUGUCACCACUGUCCUGGAAGAGCCCUUCGUCAUGUUCCGCAAGUCAGACACGGCCCUGUUUGGGAACGACCGCUUUGAGGGUUACUGCAUUGACCUUCUGAAGGAACUGGCCAUCAUCCUGGGCUUCACCUACGAGAUCCGGCUGGUGGAAGAUGGGAAAUACGGCGCACAGGAUGACAAGGGGCAGUGGAACGGCAUGAUCAAGGAGCUCAUUGACCACAAAGCUGAUCUGGCCGUUGCUCCUCUCACCAUUACUCACGUUCGGGAGAAAGCGAUAGACUUCUCCAAGCCCUUCAUGACCCUGGGGGUCAGCAUCCUCUACCGGAAGCCCAACGGAACCAACCCCAGUGUGUUUUCCUUCCUCAACCCCUUGUCUCCUGACAUUUGGAUGUACAUCCUCCUCGCCUACCUGGGUGUCAGCUGCGUGCUCUUUGUCAUAGCCAGGUUCAGCCCAUAUGAGUGGUACGAUGCUCAUCCCUGCAACCCAGGCUCAGACAUCGUUGAGAACAACUUCACCCUAUUGAACAGCUUCUGGUUUGGGAUGGGAGCACUGAUGCAGCAAGGCUCUGAGCUGAUGCCCAAAGCGCUGUCUACACGGAUCAUUGGUGGCAUAUGGUGGUUCUUCACCCUAAUUAUCAUCUCGUCCUACACGGCCAACCUCGCCGCCUUCCUGACUGUGGAGAGGAUGGAAUCCCCCAUCGACUCAGCAGAUGACUUGGCAAAGCAGACAAAAAUAGAGUACGGAGCAGUGAAGGAUGGAGCUACUAUGACCUUCUUCAAGAAAUCCAAGAUUUCUACCUUUGAAAAAAUGUGGGCUUUCAUGAGCAGCAAACCCACAGCACUCGUUAAAAAUAAUGAGGAAGGGAUCCAGCGAACCCUCACAGCUGAUUACGCCCUGCUGAUGGAGUCGACCACUAUCGAAUACAUCACGCAGAGGAACUGCAACCUGACUCAGAUCGGAGGGCUAAUUGAUACCAAAGGCUACGGCAUUGGCACUCCCAUGGGGUCACCGUACAGGGACAAGAUCACCAUUGCCAUCCUCCAGCUCCAGGAGGAGGACAAGCUCCACGUGAUGAAGGAGAAGUGGUGGCGUGGGAACGGCUGCCCUGAGGAUGAGAACAAGGAGGCCAGCGCUCUCGGCAUUCAAAACAUCGGGGGGAUUUUUAUCGUUUUGGCCGCAGGCUUGGUGCUCUCAGUCUUUGUGGCAAUGGUGGAGUUCAUCUACAAGCUGCGCAAAACGGCGGAGCGUGAGCAGCGCUCCUUCUGCAGUGCCAUGGCUGACGAGAUCCGCCUGUCGCUCACCUGCCAGCGACGGGUCAAGCACAAGCCUCAGCCACCCGUCAUGGUGAAGACGGAUGCAGUGAUCAAUAUGCACACGUUCAAUGACCGACGACUGCCUGGGAAGGACAACAUGACUUGCAACACUGGAUUGACACCUGUGUUCCCAUAGGGAGUCGGACCUGGGGGGUGGGUGGGAAGGAAUUGCUGCAGACUAGGCUGGUUGCACUCUUAACUAGGGAAGAAAGGAUUAAAAAUAGAAAAAAAGAAAAAGAAAAAAUAGAAAAAAAGGCUAGUUUGGUUCAUUUCAAGAAUAAGGCCUUUAAAACACAGCUGCAUUGGUCACUGGCAUAGAAGCAAGAACUUCAAAGCAUGGACUGUAACCUGGGUCUUGGGGCUUUUGUUUUAUUUUUGUUAUUUUUCUUUUCUUUUCUUUUUUUUUUAAAGCUUAGAUCCUACAAGCCUCAUGGAGUCCAAACAUACUAUCAUCCACAAGUCUGAUGUUUACAUGCUGAAAACACAUGGAGGCAAGACAGAAUCGAGUCAAACUGCCCCUCAGUGGGUAAGGAGGAGGCCACAGAGCAAGGCUUCUUCAGCAUGGCAAUAAACACUUUCUCCAUACAGGUGUGGAGUUAGCAACAGUCUGUGAGCAUCUGUUCCCAGCUGACAUACACAGCACAUUUACGAUACGUUGUCUGGGAAGGGGAAAAAUAUCUAUGAAAUACUAUCAUCAAAGCUGUGCCUUCUCUCGAGCAGCUCACUGUGGCCUUUUACCUCAUGGCUGUGCUGGCUUUUGGUCAUCCACAGCAGGAAGUCCACGUGGGCGCGUGGUGGGAGAAGGCCAGUGCGUGUUCACAGAUAUAUCUAAGACAGCUAACUGUGAAGGGGCGAGUAAGCUUGAACACAGUCAAACUCUCCGCCACCAGGAACGGGACAGCAUGGUGCAUGGGAACUACUGCCAUCUCUGAGCAAAACCACCCAAAUGCCCUGCCCCAAACGCCAGCCCCUGCCCCUGGUGACACCAUGGUCUUCAGUUUUUGAGCUCCUUCACUGUCUCUGCAAAGGCCAUCUCUUCCACCAAGAGCUGCGUAAAGGAGCCAAGCCCACCGGCUGCAGCAGCAUUGAGAGAGUUGUUUCCAAGAGCUGAAUGCUACUAAUUUCCAAGAAAUUCAGCAGUGCUGACCGGCAGCUCUGCUGCUUUCACACUCGGAUCAGGAGAGGACUGUGUGCUUGGUUUAGGAACAAACGUUCCUUACGGCAUCGGAGAUUCGAAAGGGAAAGUCUCAACUGCAGGGCCGGGGCCGGCCUCGGGACAAACAGCACUGUGUGAGCCAAACCCGACACCCUUAUUGCUCUGCCCGCUGAAUCCACAGCCCUUCCCACAGCAUCCCCAUGGUGAUUUCAGUGAACACACGCUAAAAAGUUUUUAAGAAAUCUUCCAUGAACUGUGUUCUUAUUUUCAGGUUGCUUAACCCAGAAGGCUGGUCCUGCAGAUGAAUUUAGUCAGAACUACCAAAGACCCCUCUGCUGACCUAGAAGUAAUCCUCGACUAACGUCGUUCACUUCCAUCCCUUCACAGGAAAAGCACCUGGGUGGCCAGCGGGAGGGACACUCUGCUGAUGAAUUUCUUCCUGCCCGUUUGCAAAACGAAACAAAGGGCAAUAGUUCUGCCUAUUGUACCCUGGAAUAUCAUGAGGACGAUACUGUAAAGGCACUUAAAAGUUCGGAUUUAAAUACUGGCAUUGAGAAAACAGCACUCUCCUUCCUUCGCAAACUCAAGGGUGAGGGAGGUGCCCCAGGCUGCAGCUCCUGCCCUGCGGCGAGGCCGGCAGCCGAGCCCAGGCUGCGCAUCGGGCAACGUCGCCCCGCGCUGUGCUUUUAGCCGGGUCCACGGUUACCGCAGCGAUCAGCAGCUUAGCUGACCUAAUUUGCCCUCCCCUAACUGCAAGGCCUUUCUGAAAAGUUUGCCUUUGCCCAAAGGGACAAACCUGUUCAUAGCUGAUUUAAGAUUUUCUUUCCCCACCUGUUUCUUUCUCAGAAGUAGCAAAUUAGCUCAAGGGGAGAUAGCUUCCAUCAGGGAACAUAAUUUGUCCUUAUUUUGUUUUUCCAUAAUGACAAGAAGCAACAUAGCGAUCUGAAAUAUAAAGGUAGAUUUGUUGUAUCUUAACUCUAGUAAAGAUAUGCAAGGAAUUGAUGCUUAUUUUCACCUUUUUUUUAAUAUAUAUAUAAACCAUGAAAAACUAGAGGUGAAAGCAGCCAAUUCAAUGGGCAUCAUAUUCCUAAUAGUUUGCUGACAAAAAAUGAAGCUCACUUGUAUCCUUCCAACUUUCAAACAGGUUUUAAGCAGGACAUACACAGGGCACAGUCUUUUUACAGAUUCCUGACAUGUGAAAAGAG